GAUAUGUGUGAGGCGCGCUUGAGAAAAAAGGGAUGCGAGCGCCAUAAAACAGCGUUGAAAUUGUGAUAACUCGUUAAUGAAUGUUUUCUUCUGCCCCCCCUCUCCUCCUGCUCGCUACCAGACUGAUUUCAUGAAAACGUCUCACUGAAGAGGCUUCACUGUCUGCGCGCUGACGCACGGCACAGGUGCGCGCCUUUCUUAGCUCGCUUUUGUCAAAAGUUUCAUCACUCGUUUGGGACGGCAUGGAAAAAUCCAAAAACUUCCGUAUCGACGCCCUCCUCGCCGACGAGACGAACCGCGGCGGUCGAGACGUUUCCCCGGGUCUGAGCAGCGACAGCCCCGGGGGCAGCCCCGUCGCCUGCCACCGCGCCGACACCCCGUCCCCGCGGGGCGCCCACCUCCAGACGGGAAUGCUCCCCAAACCGAGCGUCCUAAAUUUCCCGCACCCGGGCCUUGCCUCUCUGACCCCGGGCGCCAUUCCCGGCAUGUACCCGGCACCGAUGUAUCCGCUGAGCGCCCUGGGAGCGCAGCACCCAGCCUUCGCUUACACCGGCUUCACGCAGCUGACGCAGGGCUACCCGGAGCACCUGAAGGCGGCCGCGAUGGCCGGAUCCCUGCCCCUGGAACACUGGAUCCGAGCCGGGAUCAUGAUGCCGCGGAUGCCGGAUUACACCUCAGGCCCCCAGUCCGGCCUGUUGGGGAAAUGUCGCAGGCCUCGCACGGCCUUCACCAGCCAGCAGCUCCUGGAGCUGGAAAACCAGUUCAAACUGAACAAGUACCUGUCCAGACCCAAGCGCUUCGAGGUGGCCACGUCCCUGAUGCUGACCGAGACGCAGGUCAAGAUUUGGUUUCAGAACCGGAGGAUGAAGUGGAAGCGCAGCAGGAAAGCCAAGGAGCAGGCAUCCGCCUCCAGCAAGGCGGAGGGGGAGCAGCUCAGAAGUGGAGGAAAAAUAGCCAGCGCCAAAACAGACAAGGCCAGACGAGGUUUAAAUGUGGACGGUAGACGGGCCGAUUACGGGUUGGAGGUCGGAGAGGACGGGGAGGAGGACGACGAGGCAGACGAAGAGGAAGAUGAAGAAGAAGAAGAGGAGGAGGAGGACGGAAGCCAGCAUGGGUAUCGCAUCACUGUGAGCAACAAAGUUGAAAUAUCACGGUCCACAGACUUCUUGCAGCACAGCAACAAGCUCGGGUACGACCCCCUCAGCCCGUUCUCCGAUGAUGAGCUGGAGGGGGUUCAGGUUGGAGGAGGAGGAGACCGGAAGAUUGGGGCAGGACUGUGAGGAGACCCCAAGGAAGACCCUGAAUGUUACAGAGAUUUUACCAGGAAAACUGCUCAAAAAGCAGUUUGUGUUUAAUCUGAAAGACAGUUUCCAAAUCUGAAAACAUGACUGUUUUCAUUUCCAUCAAAAAAAGUUCUUGUUUUUUUUUUAAAGAAAAAAAAAACACUAAUAAUUAACACAGCACAUUCUGGACUAAUUAGUAUCUGAAUAAAAUCACUUUAUGUACUGUAAACCUUGUAGCAUGUGAAAAACUCAGCUUUCAUCAUCCUGCAGAUCUGACACUUAUAAUUUGUCAACAUCCUGUUUGUUCCACCUGCUGACAGCUGGAGCUCAACCCUGCAAGCACACUUUCUGUAAAUGAAGGAUGUAACAACUGUUUACAGUUUGUGCUGCGUUCAAGAGUCACGGAGGUAAACAGGUUGCAUGGUACUGCGACACAAACGUUUCGCGUUGCAUUGUUUUAGUGUAAAUAUCACUGUUCGCCUGUCAUUUCCAACGUUGACGAAUCCGUUCCUGUCACUGACAUGCAAGUGAAUGAGUUUUAUUUAUUUGAAUGAUUGCAAAGAUUAAUUAGAAUCGUAUUUAUGUCAAACCUGUCUGUGGUACA